UUACGACUUGUCCUGUUCUUUGCUAAACAUGUGACAGCCAUUUUGCAGCUGAUGGAGCUUCUUCACUCCCCUCCACGCCCCGCCAACUCGGCAGACAAGACGCCGUCACCGAACCACCCUACGCCUCCAUCUCCCACAUCGUCACCAGCACUCCCGCCCGAGCUGCUGCUCCUCGUCGUCGACGCCGUCCUGCCGCCGAACCCGCAGCAGCUGCUGCCGGCCUCGCACCCGGCGACCAAGACGCUGCUGGCGCUGACGAGGGUAUCGCGGGCGACGUACGCGCGCGCGACGCGGCUGCUGCGGCAGCGGUGCGUGUUCGUCGACUCGGCGCGGCGGCUGGCGGACGUGCUGCUGUGCGUGCCGCGGCUGGUGCCGGCCUUGCCGCCGGUGCUGUCGCUGCGGCACAUGACGGCGCUGUACCUGGCGCCGUUUGGGGCGUCGCUGGACGACCUGCCGACGGCGGCGUGGGUGCGGGAGCUGUUCUGCGAGGUGUGCGAGACGCUGCGGCGGCUGGUGGUGCAGAUGCCGUUUGGCAGCCUGGACCCGCUCGACGACGGGCACCUGGGCGUGCGGCGGACGCUGCGGGAGGGCUUCGAGCAGCUGCACCGGCUGGAGGAGUUUGCGUGCCUGGGGAGCUAUCCGGCGCUGAGCGUUCCGGAGGGCAACACGGACGUGUGGCGGCUGUGGCCGAGCUUGCGGCGGCUGGUGCUGUUCGGGGUGCCGAUGGACAGCCACUGGCUGUGGUGGGACAUUGCGACGCUGCCGCUGCUGGAGCACGUCGACGAGUAUUUCCACAAGCUGCCGCGGGACGAUGCGCGGCUGGGGCGGGACAUCAAGGUCGUGCUGAUGGAUCUGGUGUAUGACCUGGGCGUGGUGCGGACGGAGCGGUGGGGGGAGAUUGAUCCGGAGGAGAAGAUGACGGUGGAGGUGUUUGAGGUGCCGCUGCCGUUCUACGGGGACGAGACGCCGCUUCAGCUUGUGACGGAGUGGGCGAGGAGGGGGGCUUUGGAUGGGAGUGUUUGGAGGUUGGAUGGGACGAAGGUUAGGGGGGAGGGGGGUGGGACGACAGGAGGGGACUGA